AUGGACUUGGAAGAAGAGAAUCACAGGUUAUUAAACAAAUUGAAUCUGCUAGAAGAAAUGGAGAUUGUGUAUCGUGGUGAAAUAGAAACUCUUAAGGAAACUAUUACUAAUUUGGAACAGAAAAAGUCAAGAGCAUCCCAGAAUAUUGAUUGUCAGUCGGCCAACAGUUUAGAGAUAUCAAGAAAGAAAAACCAACUGACUGAGGAGCUUGAAGCUGCCAGAAAUUCGGAGACUGAACUGUUAGAACAAUUGGAGGUUUAUCAUAAGAAAUUGAACAAAAUUUGUAGGAAUCCUUCCAUUCCAACGUUAACUGAAGUUGAACUAUUAGAAAAUGAACUAUCCGAAAUGAGAGUAACUGAACAACAGGAUAUACCGCCAUUGUAUCGACGUGUCGAAGAAUUAGGACAGGAUUUUCUUGAUUUACAGAGUUAUGCGAAUGAAUUAAAGGAGAUGUUAAAGGAACGUCACUCAGAAUUAGAAGACGCUGAAGCUCAGUAUGAAGCCUUGCAAAAUCAACCCAGUUCCACACAAACAACUUCUCUGUUUGAUGAAGUUAAUAAAGAACGCAUACUUGUCGAACGAACGGUUGCUCAACUGAGUAAAGAAAUCAAAGAAUUAAGAGGACUCAUGAAAAAAACUCACGAAGAUUUUAUAAAUUCAGUUCAGGAGGCCUCAGCAACGAUGUAUGGAAGGUAUUCAGAACGACAAAAAGAUUUAAAGGAUAUAAUACGUAGGGAUUUUGAACAUAUACGUUGGGCAAAUAAAACAGCUACUCGGCGAAUGCAAAUUUUUAAAGACAUACAGAAGAAAAUAAGAUAUCUGAUUAUUUGUCCGGAAAAUAUUGUACCGAGACCGAGUUGUCGUCGAAAAGUCGAAGCUUGCUUUGAGCGUUAUUGUGAGGUUAUACAACGUUAUGAAACCGAUUUCUCCAGAGACGCUGAAUUCAUUAUGCAGAUAUCAUUGGAACCAAAUUAUUUGAAAAAUGAGCUCAAAAGGGAAUUACGGUUUCAAGAGGAGGAGAAUUCGAAUUUGUCUACACAUUUCACUGAACUUAAGGGGAAACUUGAUGCUCUGAAUAAGUUAGAGGUAAAGGCAUCUGGUGACUGA